AUGGAUCAGACAACCUUGGAUUGCUGUAAGCAAGCUUUUGAACAACUGACCAAGCAAGUGCAGGACUUUAAAACAGAAAUAAAGGAAAGCAUCAAAUCGUUGAGAAAUGAAACGGAGGAUAAUUGUAGAAGAAUGAUAGAUAACACGAAAAGGUUAGAGAAUACUAGGAAUGAGGUUGAAUCGAAGAAACCGGAGGAUCAUGAAAGGAACCAGAAUAAUCAGGAAGUGUCAAAAAUGAUGGAUACUACACCAGAUAGGAAAAAAGAACGUUUGCAAAUGACGGAAGCCAGAAGACUGAAACUGAAAGAAUACAGGGCCUUUCAGGAAUUCCUGAAGAAUGUUUGCAGCGUGGAGAUCUGGUUGAAACAAAAGCUUCAGAUAGCGGCAGAUGAGAGCUAUAGGGAACCUCAUAACCUGGAAAGUGAAAUCAAGAAGCAUUCUACAUUUGAGGCAGAGGUUAUGGACAGCGAUGAAAGAGUGCAAAGCGUAAUAAACGAGGGACAAGUGUUACUACAUUCGAAUCACUAUGCCAAAGAUGAAAUAGUCAUAAGGCUGGAAGAAAUCAAAGAGGAUUGGAAGAGACUGUUGGAACUCAAGCAGAUCAAACGGGAAAAGCUGAACGAGGCAUAUCAAGCACUGCUCUUCAGGAGGUCCGUCGAAGAGUUUGAGGUUUGGCUAGGUGAAGUCGAGAUUCAAGUUAGUAACGAUUUCGGAAACGGCUUGGCUUCAGACAACAACAUCCUAAGAUGUCACCCCGCUUUGGAAAAUGACUACCAACAGCGCCUAGAGAACAACGAGAGCAUCAACGAGAUAGACAGAGAGGUACAGUGGUUGAGCGACAGGAAAUCGCUGGCAGCGUCGUUGGACCUGGGUAUCAGUCUUACCGUGGUCCAGAGCUUACAGAAAAAGUAUCGGAUGCUGGAGGUCGAGCUGAACUCGAGGGAACACAUCGUGAAAAGUUUGAUGGAUAGGGCUGUCAACAUGAUGAGAUCCGGUCAUGAGUUCUCCAAUGAUAUUAGUGAGAAGGUGAAGGAAUUGGAGAAUCGAUUUGUGAUAGUGAGGGAUAUGGCCAGUCGGAAGAUGUUGAGGUUGCAAGAUGCCCUGGAAUCGGGAAAGUUUUACGAGGAGAGUUCAGAAGCUGAGGCCUGGAUUGAUGACAAGUUGUCGGCGUUGGCAACAAGUGAGGUUGGUAGAGAUGAGAUUUCCAUUCAGAUGUUGCAGGGAGAGCUGAGUAUAAUAACUGCUGAAGUUGAAGCUUACCAGGAAGCGAUCGAUGAAUUAUCUCAGAGGUGUAGUAAUCUUGUUAAAAGAGAGCACUACGAUGCAGAUAACAUCAAGAAAAGAGAGGAAGAAAUAGUGCAAGAGUUCAAGAAGUUACGUCAGCUAGUGGCUCAAAGGGAAGUUUUCCUCUCUGAAGCGUUCCAGUAUUUCGGGUUCCUCCAAGAGUGCACCAAGCUCCAAGAAUGGAUCAAAGACCAGAUGACCAAUUCCAAAAUUGAAAAGCAUGGAGUUGAUGUCGAGCAUGUGGAACCUCUAAUUCAUGCCUUCGAUACUUUUUACGCUAGUUUAAUGAAUAGCGAGGCAAGGCUCCAAUCAUGUUUAAUCAGUGGAAAUGCUCUGAUAGAAGCUAAAUGCAGAUAUAGCGCCAAGAUCCAGGAGAAGAUGAUUGAGGUCCAGACUCAAUGGAAGGAUCUUUUGGAGCUGGUAAACGGUCUGAAUGAACUCUUGGUCGGAGCAAAACAGGUGUAUAUGUUCGAUAGAAGAGCUGAAGAAAUAAUCUCUUGGAUAAGCGAGAAAGAGGUUGACUUAUGCUACGAUACCAAUAGUCAAGACUCGGAAAGUAACCAAGAUUUGCUCAGAAAACCUCAGACUUUCGAAGGCGAGUUGGAAAUGAUCGAGGACAAGGCGAACUUUAGAGAGCAAGAAGCCAAGAAACUUGUCGAGGAAUUCCCAGAAACCAAUGAGCACAUUGACAGCAAGAGGGAAGAUACGCUGGAAGCUUACAAAUAUCUUGCUUUGUGCGCAGAGAGGAAGAAAUAUAAUUUGCAGCAGGUGGAACCAUCCCGAGGUUAUAUUAACCAAGACAUUGCCGAGAAGUUCAAAAUCCUGGAGCUUGGAUUAGGGACUUGGAAGAAGCGGAAGGAUAUCUGCGAUCAGAACCUGGACGUUCAGUUAAUCAAGAAGGAGGUGUCCGUAUUCGUGAAUUGGCUGAUAACGAGGGACGACGCUCUCAAGGAAGAGAAACUGGAAGAUCUGAUCGGGAGGUAUUGCGACUUUGAGGAGAGGAUCAAAGUUCAAGAGAAGACUGUUAGGUGCUAUUUCUGUGAACAAGGAAAUUGCAGAAACGGAGAAUCCUGUAGAUUUAGUCACCGCGCCGGAUAUGUUCAGGGACUGAACAUCCUAGGAAGGGGGCAGUGUAACGAAUUCGCAAGGCCUACGCCACUGCCUCUUUCUAAAAGGAUCUAUAAUAUUAGUUUCUCCAACUUCUUCCAACGACCAAAAUUUUUGCAUCUGUUCGCUGAGAUCAGAUUGAGUCAAAAGUACAGACUUCUUAGAGGAACACAUUUCAUUUAUGGGACCUAUGAUUGUCCAACCGAAAAAUGUAUUUACGGCAGUAGGAUAUCCAGGAGACGAAAUACGACCGUCACUUUCAAAAACGAUAGAAUAAGUAUCAGCACCUAG